GGCUUCCCACGCUUACCAUUGGCUUCUCUUCCUCUCUCUAAAAACUUUUUAGGUUCUUUUGUAAUCUUCACGAAGCUCUGUAAUCAUGCUCUUCGAAGAAGGAGAAGAAGCGGCCGAUCGAAACCUGUAUCCUUGCGAAACUCCAAGCAUGGAUUCAAAUCUGCUCUGUAAACGUUCGAAUCAGGUAGGCCAUACUCGCCUCGGUUAUUGUAUUCCUCGUGAAUGUUCUAAAGCUCAAAUGUGCCUUCAAAAGAUUCUGCAUAUAAUUUCGUCUGUUCCUCGCCAAGAAUCAUGCGCGGAUUCUCAAAUUGGAAAAUUAGAGUUCGAUGGAAAUGUAAGCGGUGAUGCUGGAGGGUUCUGUCCCGAUUUCAAUCCGAGAGUCGGCGCGUCUGCGGAGGAAGAAGACCAAGAAUCGGUGGCUCUCGUGGAGAAUGAAGGAGGCGGCGGGAACGGUUUGGUAGACGUCGUGUCUGUUGGUGGUUCAGUGACGGAGAAAUGCUUGGACGGCGACGGUGAGAACGCGAAAUUCUCUGAAUCUCCUGCGACUGCGACUGAAACUGACAAAUACGAAGUCGAAGAACACAUGGAGAAAACUCUAGAACAUUCUAACAUCGCCGAAUUUCACAUUCAAAGAGGCGAUGACAGAAUCGGCAGAUUCGAUGAAAACGAAAGCGAAAAGACAGCCGAAGAAGAAGGUAAAAAGGAAAAGCUCACGGGGAGUUCCGAUGGUGGAAGCGACGAUGGCAUAGUCGAAACGGCGCCGUUUAGAGGAGCGAAAUGKAAGAGCGGCGGCGAUUGUCUAGGUUUGCUGAUCGAAGCGGCGAGACUGAUACUGGGAGACUUCGGCGAGAACGAGUUCGAGACAGAGUCAACUCACGAGGRCCACGAGUCAAACAGCGAGUUAGAUGCCAAAGAACCGAGUCAACUCGAGCAGGUAAUUUCAGAGUCGCAUUCUUCAAGCGGAUCAAAGAGGAAGCUCGAAGGAAAUUGGAUGGUAAUGAAUUUAGUAAGAGAUAUUGACGACAGGUCGCCAUUAGUCAGGUCAAAGCGAGGAAGAAGCCAGGUCUUACCGUGUCGUUACAAGGACUCAGUUCUUGAGCCAUGGCGAUCUCAGUCAUUGCCGAGCAAGGUCAAGGUCUCGAGGAGACAACGUAGAUCGAGGUACCGCACGUAGAUCGAAGCUGAAACCGCAGAGGACACGAGAAGACUGAGAGAGAAUCCACCAUUAAUGGCGACUGUACAGAGUAAGGUUAGAGCGCAGAGCUGAUUACAGAAGGUGGGUUUGGUUUUACUUUUAAUAAAGUCAUUCUCAAUUUUCCAUAUAUAUAUAUUUGUUUCCUUUUCGUCUCAUUUUGGGAAGAAGAUGGAGAUAAUGAUGAGUGGUAGCGUUUUAAAAAGCCAAAGUUGCCUUCCUUCAUGCUCUUCAAUUCCUAGGAAAAAUAAAGAGUUAACUAAUAUCUUUCGCUAAGGUCAAAGUGGCUUCAUAAAAUUUUAAUCCUUAACAUAGAACAUGGAACAACUGUUAACCUUUUAAUGAAUAAGCUAGCUCAGAAUCGUGAAGCCAAGCUGGAAAAGAAUUUCAAGUAUCGAGCAUUCCUUGGUAGUUAGUACCAAUAUAUAUAUAUUUUUUCUUUUAAUACGUAGUCACGAGUUUUAGGGAGAUGGUGUUUUAUGUUUUGUGCUGUGUUCUACACGUGUGUUUGCUUGAAUUUAUAAAUUUGUUCAUCCUAUAGACAAUACAAAUCUAUGUUUUAUGGUUUAGUGUUGGAACAUUUAUGUAUCUUCGUCUACUUUGUAUUUGUAUUUGUAUGUUUCUGUAGAUCACCAAUCAAAUGGUGUAAUAUAUGGAUAUGCACAUAGCUCAACUAAUUAUGGUAUGUAUCAUCAAUUCAAGAAGAGGUUCCUACCAAGGAAGUUUGAAGUUUAAAUUUGACUAAAAAGAUAAAUAGGGUUGAAAAUAAGUGUUAUUGUGGAAAGAAGAGAUUAAGAAAUGGAAUUGAAGAGUUGGUGGAGUGGAGAUACAUGGGGUGGGCGGUGUCCCCGUGGUUUUGCCCGUUUGUCUGUUUUCGCGGAAUUCCGAAGGUGGAAGCUGGUGGGUUGGGUACAUCAUCCAAUCACUACCCUAUCUCAGUUUUCCAACUGUCGGUUUAAAAUUCCAUUUUCAUCAUUAAUUUCCCUUCUCUUUUUCUUUUAAUAUUAAUUUAGGUUAAAAUACCAUUUUUUUCUAAGUAAAUUUACUCUYUGAACUUUCACAUCAGUG